UUAGACGUCGACCGCAACUCUAUUGCUGUAAUUCUGGGUCCAAACGGUUCCGGAAAAACAACUCUUAUUAAUGUUAUUACAGGUUUAAUCGGUUUCGAGGGAAAGGUGUCUAUCGGUGGACACGAUAUCACACGAGAGUCACAAUUGGCUCGAAAUGAGUGCGGAAUUUGUCCGCAAAUUAACGUUUACUUCAAAUACUUGACAAUUAGAGACCAUUUCAUGAUUUUCUCGCAAUUGAAACAAACUAUACGACAGACCAGUGAUGGCUAUAGUAGUGAUGAACUAAUCCGUAGGUUAGAUCUCGAGAAAGACAUAGACAAAGAGACUUAUCAACUGUCGGGCGGAACAUUGAGGCGAUUGGUGUUAGGGUUAGCCCUAAUCGGACCAAACAAUGUCCUCAUAUUAGACGAACCGACCGCUGCUUUGGAUCCAAGAGUGAAGAGAAAAGUCUGGGAUCUGAUCCAAGGGUCGGGUAAACGGAAGACAAUUAUAAUCACUUCGCAUGACUUCGAAGAAGCGAAUCUUCUGUCAGACAAGAUAUGUGUCAUAUCGAGGGGA